AUGAAAGACACGUUAGCUGCAUAUGAUAACAAGAUUCAGGCUACACCGGCUGAAAAAAUUAUGUUCAAGAUAAGAACCUGCCAGGGAGUCAUGAUCGGUAUUCCAUUGCACAUGUUUUAUCCAUAUGGUCCUGCAAAUGGCGAUUCUCGGUUACCUACAGUGGACGAUGGAAGUUCUAGUGAGAUUUACAUCAGUACACCAUUUAAUUUCUUCGGCAAUCGUCACAGAUCGCUUUUCGUGAACACUAAUGGUGAUAUAACUUUUCUGUCACCUCUAAUAACAUAUUCCCCUGAAGCAUUUCCAUAUCAACAAAAUACACAAAUUAUAGCUCCGUACUGGGGCGAUGUUGAUAUCAGAAAUGGAGGCGAUAUUUGGUUCAGGGAAACACGCGACCUGGGUUUACUUCAACGGGCAUCGACAGAAAUUCAAGCUGUAUUUCCGGAACAAUUGGAGUUUAAUGCUACAUGGAUAUUCAUUGCAACUUGGAGCAAUGUUGCUUUCUAUGGUGCUAACCGACAUGGAAGAUACAGACGAUGUACAUUCCAGUGUGUAUUGGUGACUGAUGGAAUUCACUCAUUCGUUAUGUUUAAUUAUUACAAGAUGCAGUGGACAACCGGAACUGCUACUAGUGGGGACAGCUCAACAGGGCUUGGAGGCACACCUGCUCAGGUAGGUUUUGAUGCUGGGGACGGCCAACAUUAUUAUGCUGUACAGGGAUCUAGAACAUCUGAUAUCAUAAACGUUCCAUGGAAAUCCAAUAUUGCAACUGCAGGAAAGUUUAUAUUUCGAGUUGAUAUGAUAACAGUAGAACAGGCUACAUUAAUCAAUGAAUGUGAUAACGAGAUAUGUCAAAAUGAAGGGACCUGUGAAGAUUUAGACGGAUUAAAUAGGUGGCGCUGUAACUGUAUUCCUGGAUUUACUGGUAAACAUUGUGAAACAGACAUUAAUGAAUGUGCAAGCACACCUUGUCAACAUAGUGGAAAAUGUUUGGAUUUGUUGAAUGCGUAUAGAUGUCAUUGCAGAGACGGAUUUACUGGAAACAGUUGUCAGAUAGAUAUCAAUGAGUGUGGGAGUAAUCCAUGUAUGCAUGGAUCAACAUGUAGAGAUAAGGCUAAUUAUUAUCUGUGCGAUUGUCAGUCUGGGUACAUAGGUGAUAUCUGCCAAAUAGAUGUAGAUGAAUGUCAAAGCAAUCCAUGUUACAACAAUGCUACAUGUGUAGAUAGAACACCCGGAUGGAACUGUGCCUGUUUACCAGGAUAUACUGGAAACAGGUGUCAGACAGAUAUAGACGAAUGUCAAAGUAGUCCAUGUGAAAAUAAUGGAACAUGUGUGGAUCUUGUCAAUGGCUAUGAGUGUCUUUGUACAAAUGAAACAUCUGGACUGAACUGUGAAAAAUGGAUGGAUCAUUGUUCAUCGAGUCCUUGUCUUCAUGAUGGUAUGUGUACGAAUCAGUAUGGAGGAUAUACAUGUAAAUGUUUAGAAUCUUGGUAUGGUGAAAAAUGUGAAUUCAGAGAAAUUAACAGAACUCAGCUGUGUACUGAUCUGGAAUAUACCGAAUGCUCCUGUUUUACUCAUCAGCUGAAACCAAAACCAAAAUCAAACAAAAUAUUAAUUGGUAGUAUAGGAUCUUUAAUAGGAUUGUUUAUGACUAUUAUGUUUUACACUACCUGGAUGUUAUUAAAUGGAACGAAUAAUCAAGAGAAUAGGGUUGACCCAGAGAAGACAAAAAUAUUUCCUGAAAACCAACCGAAAAAGAAUGAAAAUGCAUUGGGACUUCUUGAUAAAAGUAAAUCACCAGUAGGGAGUGACAUUCGGCAGAAGAAACAUCACAACUGUUUUAUGGAUCAUAGUGGAUUCGAUUUUUCUAAAAUUUAUGUAAACAAAGAUGGCAGCAAGAGAAUAAUUAAAUGCAGACAUCAAAGAGAUUCAUGA